AUGUGCUGCAGGGAUGCUACGAGUGAGAGUGAAAAAACACAGAGAGGUUUGAAAUCCAUCUUGGCGUAUGAAGAAGCCUACAAAGUUACUGAAAAUAAUGCAGCAGCUAAAUAUGAACUACAUUACGUUUCUUUGAGUAGAUUUAUUAAGAAGAAAAAGCAAGCAAUUGAGCAAGAAUCUGCUGUUCCUGUUACUAUUUCUAUUUCAGGUGGUCACGACACCGAAAUACACCGUCACAGAGCAGUUUUGUCUCUUCAACAUCAGAAUGAACAUUUUUGUGGAGCAACUCUAAUAGCUUCUAGGUGGGCAUUAACAUCCGCAAAAUGUGUUAAUCUACAUCCGACCGACCUGACUGCACGCGCUGGAUCCACUUCAAGGUCUUUGGAUGGUCAAAUUCUUAUAGUAGUAAAUGCAACACCACAUCCAGAUUACAACGAAAUCACUCACGAUUCAGAUAUAGCCGUGAUUCAAUUCAAUGAAGAUUUCAAUCACACUCUGGCUUUCGCUCGGGGACUUCCUUACAAAAAUCCUGAUAUAGAAGAAUUUUCUCCAAUCAAUAUAGUGGGAUGGGGACAGACGAAAGUAGAUGGAAGCUAUCCAGACACUCUUCAAAUGGCUCAAAUUUUAUCAAUGUCUAGAGAAAAUUGUCAAAGUGCUUAUCCUUCGACUGUCAUAAAUUUGAACAUGUUCUGCGGCGGAUGGAUUGGCGGAAAUUCAAACAUUUCUGCUUGCGAUGGGGAUUACGGUGGUGCAGGAAUAAUGAACGCACGAAUAUAUGGAAUUAUGUCUUGGGGGAAGAGUUGUGGAUCAAAUAAAUAUCCAACCGUCUUCACAAGAGUUGGGAGUUACCAGGAUUGGAUAAAUAGUACUAUGAACGGUACACUGAUUCCUUACUAACAUGCUAUUGAAUUAUCUUAACAGUUUUUUCUCGAUAUACAAAUAAAUAACAAAA